GCCUGGGUGUAAAUCGGCCUUUUUUCUAGCCUCCGCCACCCCCUCUCCUUGAGACCACUGUACCGAAGAUUAGCCCCAGAGGCACACACACACACACACACACACAUUACACACACUCAUUCGCGCGCACACACACAGACACGCACGCACGCACAGCCCCAGGCCGAUUGAGCGCAGCGCCGAAGCUGCUGGCAGAGCUGGGGGAGAAUCGGAGGACACCUCUCUCCCCACCAGCGCCGGGUGUCCCUCCCCCAUCCCGUUCCCAGUCGCCACCUGCAGCCCCGGGACUCCCCCGCCCUUCGCUUAGCUGCUUGGACGCGGGUAGGAAAUCCGACUAGGCUCAUGAGCCCGCUCCAGCCCGGAACUCCCCGAGGUUCGCGGGACUCCCGCUUGGCCCCCGGAGCGCUCCGCGCGGACCUGUUCUGGCACUGACUGAAGGGAGGGAAGUGAGCUGCUCUUAGACUCGGUCUUUGGCCGCGCCCUCCUCGGGCUCAGUCUCUGGUCUGGGGCUGGAGGGCAGCUGCAAGAAAACUUGCCAGACUGCUUGGGGCCUUAAGCACAAAAUCAGUCUAGAGGAAGCUCAGACGAGGAGAAGAAAACAUCUUCUCUCCUUUAGCCCCUUCUGGAGUUUUGAACCUCACCUCUCACCCCACCCCCUGCACUUGCCUGUUUCGUUCCAUAUUCCUCCCUUGCCUUUCUUCCCAGCCCCUCCUUGCCUGGUACCUAGAGGGGACCCCUGAAGACCUGUCACUUCGUAAACUUUUCCCCCCUUGUUGGGAGGUGAGGAGGGGGAGGGAAGGAGAAGUGGAUUGUAAACUCCAAUAAGGCUCUGCUCUCUACGGACCUGCAGGCGCUGCCUCCAGUUCCUUAAAGCCCGAGGAGGCCAGGAGGAGGAGGAAGAAGAGAAAGCUGGAGGCGGGGAGGACGAGAGGGAAGCAGGGAGAAGAGGGUUAGCUGCUGCUCUUGGAUCAAGAAGAGACAGUGGCGACAGUAGACAAGAGGACUUGGGUGUUGGGGUUUUUUUUUUGGGGGGGGGAGUUUUUCCCUCCCCAGUGGUCGCUAGGAGGGUUUGCCAUUGAUGGCACUGCGCAGUGGGACAGGUUGGUUUGGCCAGGUCUUGCGCAGAGUGUCCGGGCUCCCCGGCACCUGGUCCCGGCGCUCCAGCAGCCUCCUGUGCCUCUCUUCCUCACAGGAGCCUGAAGCUCGGCCACGCCAGCAGCAGCAGCAGCAGCAGCAGCAGCAGCAGCAGCAGCAGGAGCAGCAGCCGCCGCCGCAGCAGCCGCCGCCACCGCGGCGGCGGCGGCGGCAUCAGCAGUUACCGCAGCUUCAUCUCCAGCACUAUCCCCUCCACCUCCACCACCCGCGCCGUAGCAGCGGCGGCAGCAGCAGCAGCAGCAGCAGCGUCGGCGGAGGCUACCUCCCCUACCCCCCGCCCCUUGGGCAGCCGCCCCACUGCUGCUUACAACUUCCCAGUGGAGGAGGAGGAGGUGGAGGAGGAGGAGGAGGACGAGGAGGAGGAGGAGGGGGAGGACGGGGAGGACGAGGAGGAGGAGGAGGCGGCGGCAGGAGAGCAGGAGGCGGUGGCUGCUGCGCGCUGCAGUCGGACCGCCGGGCGGCCGGGGGACAUGCACCCCGUGCCGGCCCCUUGCUGGCGGCCAUGAAGCGGCAGAACGUGCGGACCCUGUCCCUCAUCAUCUGCACCUUCACUUACCUUCUGGUGGGCGCCGCUGUCUUCGACGCCCUGGAGUCCGACCACGAGAUGCGUGAGGAGGAGAAACUCAAAGCCGAGGAGAUCCGGAUUAAGGGAAAGUACAACAUCACUAGCGAGGACUACCUCCAGCUAGAGCUGGUCAUCAUGCAGUCGGAGCCCCACCGCGCUGGGGUUCAGUGGAAAUUCGCCGGAUCCUUCUACUUUGCGAUCACGGUGAUCACCACGAUAGGUUAUGGCCACGCAGCCCCCGGGACGGAUGCAGGCAAAGCCUUCUGCAUGUUCUACGCCGUGCUGGGCAUUCCACUGACCCUGGUCAUGUUCCAGAGCCUGGGGGAGCGGAUGAACACCUUUGUUAAAUACUUGCUGAAGAGGAUUAAGAAGUGCUGUGGGAUGCGGAGCACCGAGGUGUCCAUGGAGAACAUGGUCACCGUGGGCUUCUUCUCCUGCAUGGGGACCCUGUGCAUCGGGGCUGCUGCCUUCUCCCAGUACGAGGAGUGGAGUUUCUUCCACGCCUAUUAUUACUGCUUCAUUACCUUGACUACCAUAGGGUUUGGGGACUACGUGGCCCUGCAGACCAAGGGGGCCCUCCAGAAGAAGCCGCUCUACGUGGCCUUCAGUUUCAUGUACAUCCUGGUGGGGUUGACCGUUAUAGGGGCCUUCCUCAACCUGGUUGUCCUUAGGUUCUUGACCAUGAACAGCGAGGACGAGCGGCGGGAUGCCGAGGAACGGGCCUCGCUGGCGGGCAAUCGCAACAGCAUGGUCCUCCACAUCCAGGAGGAGGCCCAGCAUGGCCGGCCGCGGUACAAGGCCGAGGUCACAGACCUCCAGUCCGUCUGCUCGUGCAUGUGCUACCGAUCCCAGGAGUAUACCAGCCGGAUGGUGUCCCACCAAAAUUCCUUCAGCACCAAGCUGAACCCCCAGUACUUUCAUUCCAUCUCCUACAAGAUUGAAGAAAUUUCUCCAAGCACAUUAAAAAACAGCCUUUUCCCUUCCCCUGUUAGCUCCAUCUCUCCUGGCCUACACAGCUUUACUGAUAACUACAGGCUGAUGAGACGGCGGAAGUCCAUUUAGGAUUUUUUUUUUUUAAGAAAGAAAAAAAAAGUCAUUUGUCUUCUCUGGCUUUACUUUCCAUGGGUCCAUCUCUUUUCCCCCUGUUGUUUUUUCCCCUCGUUCAUUGUUUACUUUCUCGUUCCUUUGUUCUUGCUAACCUUUCUUCCUAAUCUCCCAAGAGAGAUGGAGUAGGGCCAAAGGGGGAAGAAAUAGCCAGCCCUUCACUGAGACUCAGAACUGCGCAUGAAGCAUGAACCCUUCCCAGCAAAGUUUGCCUUACAUUUCUGCUCCCUCCUUCACCCCCAACCCUUCACUUUCCCUGACCCUUAACUUUCCCCCUACCGGAAUGUGAGGUGACUCGAGGUGGAGCUGAGUGGGUACCAAAAUCCAAAGAUGCACACCAAGCUUAGAGAGCCUUCUGGCACCCCAGGGUGCCUCUGACCUAACUCAUGGCUUCUUUUUCCUCCUCAAGGAGCAGGUCAUUGCAUAUGUGUGUGCAUGCGUGUGUGUGCGCACACGGGGCGAGUGUGCGGUGUGUGUGCAGUAAGUUCCACAAAAAACAAAACAAAAAAACAUAAGCAUCAGGUAUUCAUUUUUUUUCCUUCAAGAUAUAGUAUUAAAAGACCCAAUUUCAACAUUUUGACUCCUUCCACGUGGAAAGAAGGAAAAACGGAACAACCAAAAGGGGUUUUAAACAAUGAUUUUGCCAAAAUGAAGCAUGUGCAGUGAGCAGUCUAUAGGUCUAUAGCCCAAGUGCAUCAUGGUCAUUUCCUUUACUUCCAAGUUCUAAAUUGUAUUAACAUUCUUUUCUUUACAGGGGGAGAUGGGUGGGGGAAGGAAAAGAAGGAUCAUUUUAGCUUGCCAGUUCAAAAUUUUUUAAAAAGCAUGCACUUUGUAAAACUGGUAUGCAUUAUAAACACAGGAGAAAACAACAACAAACAAUGGAACCAAUAAUCAAAAGCAAAUACUCUCAUUAAUUUAUUAAAUGGCAUUUUAUUUUUGUCAUUUCCUCCAGUUCCAACAAUUUACCAAGCAGCUGAAAUGUCAGGGAAAACUGGAAAAUUGUUGGAGCCAUAAAAUGGCAAUUUUGUUCUUUUCCUCUUAUUUAUACAAUUAUUAUUAUUUCUAUGCAGCAUCUAUCUGCAUGAAUAGGAAUUAUCUUUUUGGAAUGUUUAGAUAAGGAUGGGUAUGAAUAGGUGGGUAUUUUUUUUUCUCCCUCAAUAAAGUGUGACAGGGCAUUC